AUGUGGCUCCCGGACACGUCAGGAGAUAAUGUUCCAGAGGGCAAACGGGCUUCUGUUUUCGGGAUCAUGUCGAGCUUUGCGUCUUCUUCUUUCGUAUUUGGGAAUUUCUCGACUCGUUUUCUAUCUACUUCAGCCACAUUUCAAGUUGCUGCUGCGAUUUCGGUUAGUGCACUGCUCUAUAUGCGAGUGUUUCUUCCUGAGUCCAAUGGCAUUUGCACGAAAGCCUCAGAAAACGGUCGUCUUUUGGAAAAAGGUCCCUCGAAAGAGUCGAGUCUUUUCAAGACUCCGCCUUGUGUGAAUGAUUCCAUUUGCUUGUUGCGGACUAGCCCCACUUUCUCGAAAGCAGCUGUGGUAGCAUUCUUCAUCAAUGUUGCAGGUGUUGGACUCUACGCUUCUUUGAUGGUGCCCUUCUUUUCAACGUACCAAUUCGCGGACCUGAUGAUAAUUGUCGGAAUUGCCGGAACUAUAUCACAGGUAAUCAUAUUUUUUUUUUUUUUGGAUUGCUUGGGCUCCUUGGGUGAGUUUUUUGACCUGUUAACAUGGAAAAAUCAAUAUUUGCAGUUAAGGAGCACUGCCUCGAAACAAACAGGACCGAGUGAGCAGGGAAAGGCUCGAGGUUGUAUUACAGGCAUAUGUUCCUUUUCUAACAUUGUCUCCCCUCUUGCUUUCAGCCCUUUGACAGCAUUGUUUCUAUCGGACAAUGCACCAUUUCACUUUCCUGGAUUCAGCAUUAUGGUCUCGGGCGGCUUAGAUGCUGUAAUAAUAUACGACAUUUAA